AUGUCAUUAAACAUUGAACAAGUUAAAGAGUUCAGUAAUAAAACUUGGGAGGAAAGUAUUAUUCCAACUUUAUCAAAAUAUAUCGAAAUCCCAAAUCAAAGUCCACAAUAUGAUCCAGAAUGGGCUACCAAUGGUUUAACAGAAAAAGCUGUAGAAUUAUUAAACAAUUGGGUUUUAGAACAAAAUGUUAAAGGAUUAAAAUCAGAAAUUAAAAAAAUUGAAGGUAUUUCACCAAUUAUUUUCAUUACUGUAGAAUCUACCAAAACUGAAAACUCAAAAACUGUUUUCUUAUAUGGACACAUGGAUAAACAACCACCUUUAACUAGCGAAUGGGCUGAAGGUUUACAUCCAUACAAAGCUGUUAUUAAAGAUGGUAAAUUAUAUGGUCGUGGUGGUGCUGAUGAUGGUUAUUCAAUUUUUGCUUCAGUUAUGGCAAUUAAAGCUCUUCAAGAACAAAAUAUUUCACAUGAUCGUUAUGUUAUUGUUAUUGAGGGUUCAGAAGAAUCAGGUUCAAUUCAUUUAACUCAAUAUAUUGAUAAAUAUCAAGAAGAAAUUGGCACCCCUUCACUUAUUGUUUGUUUAGAUAGUGGUUGUGGUAACUAUGAACAAUUAUGGAUGACCAGCAGUCUUCGUGGUGUUUUAAGUGGUGACCUUACUGUUAAAGUUUUAGAUGAAGCUUGUCACAGCGGUUCAGCCUCAGGUAUUGUUCCAUCAUCAUUCCGUAUUCUUCGUCAAGUUAUUGAUCGUCUUGAAAACCAAAUUACUGGUGAAGUCGAUAAAAGACUUCAUGUUGAAAUUCCAAGCUACAGAAUUGACCAAGCCAAGAAAUGUGCUGAAGUUUUAGGUGAUUUCUACAAAAGCUAUUCAUGGCACGGUAACACCCAGCCAAUUACCACUGAUCCAGCUGAAUUAUUAUUAAAUAAAACAUGGCGUCCAACUGUCUGUACCACUGGUGUUGAUGGUAUCCCACACAUUUCCAAUGCUGGUAAUGUUAUGCGUACUCAAACUACUGUUCAACUUUCAAUUCGUCUUCCACCAUCAUUAACCGUUGAUGUUGCUAGCAAGGCUCUUAAAGAAAUUCUCGAAUCAAACCCACCAUAUGGUGCUGAAGUUAUUUUCAAUAUUGUUGAUGUUGCUGCUGGUUGGGACGCCCCAGCUGUUAAACCAUGGUUAGAAAAAGCUCUUGGUGAAGCUUCACAAAACUUCUUUAAUAAACCACACGUUUAUACUGGUGAAGGUGGUAGCAUUCCAUUCAUGGGUAUGCUUGGUGAAAAAUUCCCAGAAGCUCAAUUCGUCAUUACUGGUCUUUUAGGUCCACAAUCAAAUGCUCACGGUCCAAAUGAAUUCCUUCACAUCGAUUUUGGUAAAAAAUUAUUAAGUUGUGUUGUUUAUCUUUUAGAUGCCCAUGCUAAAUACGCCUAAAUAAAUAAUAAAAAAUAAAUUUAAAAUAG